GGGCUCUUUGGGCGGCUGUCCGCGCGGAAACGGCGCUAUUGUAGGGCCAGGAGCAGCGGAGCGGGCCGGGAUCCCCCCAUCCGCAGGCCGCGCGAGGCUCCGGGUCGCUGUUGGGAGAGGCCGAGGUGUUCUGGGCCUGGAGGACGUUUUUAGUGCCGUGGAAGGCCCGGUGCUGCCUGCGCACUUCUCUUACGUUACGUUCCGAAACGGUCUUGCAGCCGGCCCACGGACACAGCUCACCACGUGGCCUCCAAAGCUUGUAGUCUCGGAACUGUAAAGUAGCGUACAGAAAACUGGGUAAGGCAGAGAAAAGCGAUGGCUCAAUCAGAAGUGAAUUCUGCUGUCUGUGUGGCAUCGGAUACAGCUGGAGAUACUGGAAACCAAAGUGAUGACUCGUCUGAUGGCAGCUUAUUUAAAACCCAGUGUGUUCCUUCACCUACACAAGAGCAAAGACACCCUACUGUGAAACGUGCUACUUUACCUGCAAGUGUUGAAACAGAUACAUCAAGUGACUCUUCUAUAGAACCAAGGCCUCUGACUUUAAAGGCUAUUUUUGAAAGAUUUAAGAAAAAGAAACGGAAAAAGAGGAAAAGGAGAAAAAAGAGGAAAUAUGAGCCAAAAUUAAGACCAAGAGGAAGACCAUCUGGAACGAGGAACACUAGAAGGUCGCAAAUAGAUGCAAAACAAAUUAAAGACAAAGGAGCUGUGUUUCCAUUCUUAGAAUCCGAGAGUGGAAGAAAACCUUUACCUUGGAAGAAAAUUUUAACAUAUGAGCAAGCUGUUGCACGAGGAUUUUUUCACCACAUUGAGAAACUCAAGUAUGAACACCACCUUAAGGAAUGCUUGAAGGAAAUGCACGCUGGGGAAGAUUUAGAAAAGGAGGACCUUGACACUCGUAGGCACAAAUACAUGGAUGAUGAUGGUUCACUUUCUCCUAUUGAAGAGCCAUUAACUGAAGAUGAAGCAACAAGUCCUCAGUCUGAGUGUGAUAUCAAGUUGGUUGAAGACAGUUGCUUCAUAAUAAGUUCAGAAUUCCCAAGGAAGAGAAACUUGGAACAAGAGAAGAUGAAGAAAGAAUCUAAAUUUUCUAAAAAAGCCAAAGAUGGCACACACACACAGAAAGGGCACAGAAGGACCUUGAAAGGAGAUGAUCAUGUGACUAUCGAAGAAGAGCAAGGUCAUGAAGAAAUGAGUUAGGUGGUGCCGCCAUUUCUUCUGUGUCCCUCGCAGAACAUGUUGGGCCAGAGUAUCUGGAGGUUCACCACCUCUGUGGUCUGUCGCAGCCACUAUGACUAUGAGGAGGGUCCAGGGAAGAGUUUGCCAUUUUCAGUGGAAAAACGGCCAUGAUGACUGUACUUUGGAUCUGGAUUUGCCGCUCCUUUCUUUAUAGUAAGAUACCAGCUACUUAAAAAAAGGAUAUUUCAUCCCUUUAACAGAAUGAAGAAAGUUUAAGAGAUGAUCUGAAAAUUGGGUUAAACUCUUGAACUCUUAUACUAGAAAAAAUAAACUAAUGAUAAAACCCAGCCUCUUCAGUGCUUAGCCCAAAUUAUUUCAUAUUUGUGUGUUUUGCCUACAUGCAUAUGUGUGCAGUAUUCCAGAUCAGAAGGCAUCAGUGCCUGGAGAUCUAAAGUUACAAGAUGGUAAUUAACCAGCCAUUUUUGGUUAUGGGAGCUGAACCACAAUUACAUCUAUAAGAAUGUGAUUUCCUUUCCUAUUCAUAGUUGGGCCUUUAAUCGCAGCACUUGGGAGUCCGAGCAGGCGGAUUUCUGAGUUCAAGGACAGCCAGGACUAUUCAGAGAAACCAAAAAAAAAGUUAUUAUCUGAGCUUUCUCUUGGAACCCACACCCAGGUUCUGUCUGCAAGUCUUAUGUUAAACAAUCGCUUAUCUUCCCCAAGGGGGGGGUUUCAAUAUUACUACUGUUCAUUCUGUGGUCACAAUUGUAAAACUGGCUUUGUGUCAGAUAUGUACAGCUUUGUUUGAUAGCACUUGUGUUUUUGUCAGCUGUUGGAUCCUCUUGCAACCCAGAACUCAUUGCUCAGUAUGAGUUUUGAUAUAUACAAGAAGAAAUAUAAGCACAAAGGUGUUAUUGAUGAACUUGGUUUCUACCAAUAUCAUACAUAGUUUACCUUAUAAAGGUAAUGAAGUAGAUGGAUAUUCCUUUUUUUUAAAGGCUUGCCUUGAUUAUGAAGUCAGAACUGGAAGAUACCCAUGAAUGGAUGUUUCAGUGUUGUAAGUAGCAUGUAAAUUUACAUCUUCAGAGUUAACUUUCAGUGAUGCUAAUUCUAUAAAAGUUUCAGAUUGCUCCAACCCUCAGUAAAUCCUAGAACAUUAGAAUCAAUAAUGAACUGAACUGGAAUAGGUAUGUUUAGCAGAAGAACGCAAAAGUGAGGCUUUAAGGUCUUAUACUCAAUUUACAGUAUUAUAAACUUCUCAAGCAUGGUUUAUAAAUUACAGCAGAAAUUUGCAACAUCGCAAAUAUAGUGUUUGAAAAGUAUGAGUUAACUAAGAAUCAGACUGCUCCAUUAGUUUUAUCUACCUAUAGAUGCUGAUAGUUAAAUUUUAUCUGCCUGAUAGAAUUGUCUCUGAGCCUUACUGCCCAUCUGCUAAUGAAGGCCUAGCCUUGGAAGCUUACAAUCUGAUGUAGGUUUAGAAUAUUUUCAGCCUUGGAGACUGCUGAAAAAGUUCACCCUUGACAUUGUCUGGUUCAUCUCAGCUGUUCUGGCUCAUAUUCCUUCAAGCUGACUUCUGCCUCAAACUACCUCUCAAUCUGUUCUGAUCUGGGCUCUUCACUCUUGGCUCAUUCUGUAUUCACCUGUGUCUAGCUUGUUCUCUCUUAACCUGUCUUGCCUCUUGCCCUCAUACGUUGCUUCUCUUUCCUCCUGACAUUUGGGCAUAUCUUAUUCUGUUAAAUCUUGUCUGCUACUUAGACAUCACUUUCAUGGGUGCUUUAUGUUUCUUCAUUGUUUAGGAUUAAAGGUAUGUGUGUGUCUGUAUUCCAGCCAGCACAACCAUGUUGCUGGGUUAAGAAAAAUCACUACAGUAAAAGUGAGCUUGAGUUCAGCACUAUAAGAAUGUAACCUUGAGUUUAAGCUAGGCAAAAUUCUGAGAUUACAAUGUGAUUUCCUUUCCUAUUCAUAGAUGUCCAUAUAAAAGAUGGCUGGAGAGCUUCACAGUUGUUGAAACGAUUGCUUUUGAGGUCUAUCCCGAUGGGGCUUCCCUAGUAGCCAGACAUCGUUGGAAACGCCUCAUACAGCAACUUGUGGUUUUACUUGACUCACAGGACUGACUGUUAGGUCUGUGGGAAGGAACUACAAGACAGCUAACAAAGUAUAAAACUGAUGUUUUAAUUUUUUUGUUUGUUUGUUUUUAACUUCAGGCACUGGAACUUCCUUCAUAAAGAUUAGAGUUGUGAGUGUGAGGAAUGGAUAUGAGAAGACUCUAAGAGAUGUUUGGAUGACACAAGUGAACCCUACCCUAAAAUGGUUUAAAGAUAACUUGAAGGGUCCCUAAAAUAAAUUGAAGAAAUCCUCAAAUCUUCUGGUGACCUGGAUGGACAGCAAAGGAAUCAAAUUCCUCAAAUAAUUUAUUUGACUUAAUUUAAAAAAAUAAAUAAUUAUAUACAGUAAAAA